AUGAAGGUACAACAACGACUUGGUAUACUGGUGGCUAUCGUAGUGCUGGCGAUUCAAGGCGUGUUUGGUUUUUGUAAUAAAAAGUUAAACUAUUGCUUCACGAUAUCUCCUGCGGUAUCCCCUCUUAAUGAUGGAAAAGAUUACGUUGAAUUUAGAUUGGAAGCACCAAAAGACGUUGGAUGGGCUGGCGUUGGGAUCGGACAGUGGAUGACUAACUCAUAUUUAAUAGUUGCCUGGCCAAACUCGGAUGGCAACGUAACCGUCUCUCAGCGUAUAGCUAAUGAUUAUUAUGACGGAGCGGUAGCAACAUCUAAUCAAGCCGAUCUCAUUCUCGAUAAAGAAGCCAGUGGUAUUCAAAACGGCAAAUUUGUUGCUGUUAUUCGACGUGCCGUGACCGUCGAAACAAACACUAUACAAACGGAUGGGAAGCAGUGGUUUGUUUAUGCUAUUGGAUCCACUCGACCACCUAAUGAAUACAACGUCACUUUGGAGCAGCAUGAGCCUGAUCAUAUGGGGGCAACUGAGUUGAUCGUCGGCCAGGGCGGCCAGGGUAUCACCGACAAGUAUCUCACUAUACACGCUAUAUUCAUGUUUCUUGCAUGGACAGUGGCAACUCCGUUGGCAAUAUUUAUCGUUCGAUUUGGCAGGAAAGCUUUACCCAAGAGCUGGUUCCGUUUACAUUGGGGAAUUCAAGCAUUCGUAACGACCACUUGCAUAAUUAUUGGAUUCACAUUUGCUGUAAUGGCUCUGGGUGGAUUACAACAUGAGCACGCUCACCACAAAUUGGGAUAUGCCAUUAUUGUUGGCUUUGUAAUGCAGUUAGGACUAGGCGUGUUCCAUCAUGUUAUGUUUGACAAAAGGCGCGAGUGGUUCGGCCGUCUUCUCUUCGUUUUCGUACUCUUCCAAAUAGAACUCGGGCUCCGGCUAUUCUCUGACGUUACGAUGGGUUGGUACGUUGCAUACUAUGUAUACCUCAGUACCAUAAUUGCAGUAUUCCUCGGUUUUUCCUUCUAUCAAUGGAGACGAAAGAGCAAGGCAUCUGGCUACGAGUUUGAUGACAAUAGAAACUUUGUUAAAAUGGAUGAAACCGGCUCGAUGCACGAUUAG